AUGGCCCUGGCCACCCUCCCCUUCCUGGGGACACUCAUCACCUAUUUCUUCCCUGCCUGGAGGGUCACCAGCCUCACCACUAUCACCUCCAACGACACCUCCAUCACCUCCAACGCUACCUCUCAGGUGAUCUGGGAGGGUUUACUUAUGAACUGUGUGACCCAGAGAAUGGCCCGGAUGCAGUGUGACAGCAGCAACAUGAUCCUGGCCUCUCCACAGGUCCUGCUGGCUGUCAGGGUCCUGUUCAUCACCGUCCUCUUCGUAUCUCUGUGGGGCUUUUGCAUGGCGGCGCCGGGACGGAGGUGUGGAGAGUACAGCGAGGACGGCGAGGAGAUCGAGGUCGGAAAAGCCAGGGCGGAGUUCACUAACGGGAUCCCCUUCAUUGUUUGGGGGCUCCUUAUCCGCAUCACCUGGGUAACCGUCAACAUUGCCCAAGGCCGAGAUCGCUACAGCAACCAAGCAGGGGAGAUGGAGAUGGUUGCCUCGCUUUAUCACCGCCACACUCCUCUUUGGGGUGAGAUUUCUCUGCAGCCCCUGCCCUCUAAUUGGUCAGUGGGAGGAUGA